AUGAAGUCCGCCUGCCUGAUCAUUCUGGCAUCUCUAGUGGUCUGCAACCUGACGUUGGCUCGAGGACAGGGCAUCCCCGCUGAGGAGGAGACGGGGGACCGGCAGACUAUAGACGAUAUCAUCCUACAGAGAGCCGAGAGCCUCCUGCUCCGCUCCAUUCUCAAAAAUAUAGAGGAUGAGGAUGGCGCGAACGAGGGAUUGACCUUUCAGCCAGAGUGGCUGGUGAAGCGGCAGCAUCCCGGUAAGAGGUACCAGGAGGAGCUGGAAAAAAGGCAACACCCUGGGAAGCGAGAGGACGACGAGGACGAAGACUAUGGCGAGGUUCAGAAAAGACAGCACCCGGGAAAACGCGAAGACGAAUUUGACUCUUUUGUGGAGCUCCAGAGAAGACAGCAUCCAGGCAAGCGCUUAAUGCUGGAGCAGAUUACAGAGAACCCCGCAUUUCUAAGUGAACUCUCCAAACGUCAGCACCCGGGCAAGCGCUACGUGAUGUACUACAGCAAGCGCCAGCAUCCCGGCAGGCGAGAGGUGGACGACGAGUCAGACGCAGGGGACCUCAAGGAGUUGGAGAAGCGCCAACACCCCGGCAAACGCUACUUGGAUAACACGAGCCCGGAUUUGGGCGCCAACAGUCCCUGUGACGUGCUGGACCCUGGCUGCAGUAAGGCCAACCUGUUGCUCCAGCUAUUAGACAACGUGAACAAGAGUCGCGCGGAGAAGAGACAGCACCCAGGCAAAAGGUCCGCACCUGUCGAGGAUUUGACCGAACAGGAGUAA